UCCACUACAACUUCGAGAAAAUGAAAUCGUUUAUUUUGGUAGCCGCUUUAAUUGCACUCAGCACUGUAGCGGCUCAUGAGUUGAAGUCGAAUAAGUCCACUCAAGUCCAUCAAUUCUACGACGAUUGCCUGAAACAAUCUGGUGCAAGCGCAGCGCAAUUGGACGCUUUGAAGAAGGGUGAUUUCAACGCUGUCGACGAUAAAGUGAAAUGUUUUCUAAAAUGUGUUCAGAAUAAGAAAGGAAUUUUAGCAAAUGGCAUUCCAAAUGAAAUUGCCAUCCAUAAGGUACUGAAGCCAGCGGUUGGUAAUAGUGCACCAAAAGAUAUUCUAGCUAAAUGUAAUGGCUUGAAUGGGGCCAACGAGUGUGAUACCGCCUUUCAGAUAUAUAAGUGUUAUUGGCAAGAACAUGUUAUCUUGAUUUGA